AUGCAUACCGUAACACGGCAGAUGCGACCUAUCUACGCGACAUGUCAGCUUGCAAAGGCGUUCCCCCGGGCACAAGUCGCACCCUUCCGAACCGGGCCAGCAAAAGCGCGAUUCCUCCAUGCUAGUUCAUCACUUCGAGCAGUUGACCUUGCAUAUGAUCUUCACGACAAUAGCGGAAAAGCAACAGGAGCCCCAAUAGUGAUUGUCCAUGGUCUUUUUGGAAGCAAGAAGAACAAUCGCAGUAUAAGCAAAGCACUCGCAAGAGAUCUUGACCGUCCUAUCUACGCGAUCGACCUUCGAAACCACGGUGAUACGGGCCAUGACAAGGUUCAUAACUAUACUGCACUUGCUGAGGAUACUGAAGCUUUUCUGCAAAAGCAUAAGCUGAAAGAUGCGACGCUGAUUGGCCACUCUAUGGGCGCAAAAACCAUCAUGACUGUCGCCCUCAGAGAUCCUAAUAGCUGUGCGAACAUAAUUGCGGUGGACAAUGCGCCUGUCGAUGCGGCCCUGGCCAGCGAUUUCCCAAAAUAUGUUGAGGGCAUGCGACAAGUCGAAGAGGCAAAGUGCAAAAGCCAAAAAGAGGCGGACAAGAUUCUGGAACCGUAUGCGAAGGAAUUACCUGUCCGUCAAUUCCUCCUCACCAACCUUGUUCGACCGUCGCCUUCAGAACCACUCAAGUUCCGAAUCCCCGUGCGCACCCUGGCAAAAUCCCUCGACGAUAUGGCAGAUUUCCCCUUCACGGAUCCGGACAAGAAUCAUUUCAACAAGCCAUCAUUAUUCAUUCGAGGCACGCGGAGCCAUUAUGUCAGCGAUGAGACGCUUCCUAUCAUAGGGCGGUUCUUUCCCAGAUUCCAGCUCGAGGACAUAGUCUCAGGCCAUUGGGUGAUCAGCGAGAAUCCCGAGGCUUUUAGGAAAGCUGUCGUAGACUUCUUGCAAGAUUCUGACUGA